AUGGCUCCGAGACCAAACGGGACAGGAUUGCGCGUGCCAGGCUUAAACAGACUGCCAUCACGGGCCGAGUGCAUCGACAAGGGCAAACAAUCAAAACUGGGUUCAAGCUGGGGAUAUGAGAUGACGAGGACGGAUUGCAAAGACUGGAAUCAUGGGCCGAGUGCAUCGACGAGGGCCGAACGAUCGAGAGCAGACUCAGCCAAGCAGAAUCAUAAGCAGCAAAGGCGCGAGACAGACUAUUUGGCGCUUCGGCGCACAGCGCUGCAACAAUUGGCUGACGCUCCUUUGUUGCGCAAUACUGAGACGGUGCGUGCGGGCACAUUGGAUAGUCCUCCUCUUCAGCCAUCGACCGAAGCAAACUCGCAAUCAGACCAGGCAGCAUACAUAUCAUGCGUUCCAUACACUUGUGUACUGUGCUCAGCGGAUUGGCGGACCUCGUCGCGGCUCGGGAGAGAGCGAUUGUCCCGUAUCCGUGCAGUCAUUACGUUUCAGCAGCAGAAUGUCCGUCGACACGCUGCUUCUGGAGUAUCGAUAAGUUUGGCUGCUUCAUCAAUAUAG